GAUUUGUCGUGAAUGUUGAUUAUCUCUAAAGAAAUUAGAACAUUGACACAGGAAUGAGGAUUGAAAAGGAACGUCAACUGCCGCUGCGAAUACUACUUGUACUCGCUGCUUUCUAUGCUCAAAGCUUCGCACUGAAAUGUUAUGUAGGUUCUAAGGGAUCAACGCAAAAUGGAAAUGAGGUGCUCAGCUUUUUGCCGAACGAAUGCGAAGAGGAGAUGACCCACUGCUUCGAGUCACAUUCUGAUGACUUGUCACAAAUUACAGCUUCUUGCCAGUCACCAAACACUGAGCAGCGAUUACUGGAUGUUUGUAAGCAAGGAUGUCGAACUCACAAUGCCCUUAACAUCACAAUUUGUUGCUGCGAUUCGGAUUUAUGCAAUCUUCCAAAAGCAAUAAAAAAUAACAUGACUGAAGGUAACGUUGAGGGUGAGGUGACGACUACAACGACAGAGAAAAACGAAUUCUCACUAGUUGAUUUGGAGAAGAAGACUUUAUUAAAUGAAACUAAGCCUGAUGAGGUAGAUUAUUCUAAUUCAUCAGAAUUACCACGUGCACAUUGACUAACAAUAUAUUUAUUUGGUGGAUAAAUAUUGUGCCUUAU